AUGAGCUACAACCAACUGCAAGAUCCACAUCACACACAACUCUGGAAGACGGCCGUUGUCCCAAUGCGGUGGACAGACGCCGAGAUGGAUUACAUUAUUGCUAACGAGCUGAGCCUUGAAGCACUUGCUAGCAUUAACAAAGUCAUCCACGAGUUCAAACUAGGUCACAACAUGGACUUCAAUCAGCUCAAACGUGAUUGGGGACUCAGCACUGACACCGACACCGUGACCAAAACCGACUCGACGGCUCCUUUUUCCUUGCCUGAUAUCAUCCUUCAAGAGUCGGACGCUUUCGAAUGUCUCCGCUCCCUCCUCCACUUCGUAUCCGAGUCGGCUGCAUACCGUGACUUGACCUCCUCUUCCAAGCGGAUCAACCUUGUCCCCCUCGUGACCAUGGAGUACUACGUGUUCUUAUUCGAUCGUGUCUUGCUGAAAGUAGCCAAAGCCGCCAAAGAAGAAAGGGCUAUGCCGAACGAUCCAGAGAAAGCGACAUUGAAGAACUUUGACGCUAUAGCAGACAGUUCCCUUUGGGAGCCUCCAAGCGUACGGGAGGCCAGAGCGAAAUACAAGGCGGAGGGUACGACUUGGAAGAAGCAACAGCUUCAGAUGUACCGGAUCAAGGCAGCUCUAGCGAUGCGCUUAGUGUUUGUUAAUGCUGUUGAAGCUAGGAAGAAGGGAUACGCCACGUAG